AUGCAUCUUGUCGUCUUCUCCACCAAACCCUAUGACCGCGAGUUCUUCACCCGCGCCAAUAACAACCCCGCAGUCACACCUACCCCUCACACUAUCACCUUCCACUCCUUCCCCUUGACCCAAUCCACCGCUUCCCUCGCUCACGAAGCAGAUGCCGUCUGCGCCUUUGUCAACGAUGCACUUCCGGGUUCAGUCCUGCGCGCCCUGCGCGGUCUACCCCAAGAGGUCCGCGCUAUCUUGCUCCGUUGUGCUGGAUAUAACAACGUCGAUUUAGCCACGGCCAAGAACCUGUCCCUGAGCGUCGCCAACGUGCCCGCCUACUCGCCCGAAGCUGUGGCCGAGUUCGCCGUCGCGCUGGUCCAGACGCUCAACCGCAAGACACACCGCGCGUACAACCGGGUGCGCGAGGGCAAUUUCGAGCUCUCGGGCUUGAUGGGCCAGACGCUGUACGGCAAGACGGUUGGUGUGGUAGGUACGGGGAGGAUUGGCUUGGCAUUUGCGCGAGUGAUGGCCCGUGGGUUCGGAUGCAAGGUCGUCGCUACUGAUCCGUUCCCAGCGGAGGAGAGGUUGAAAGAGGCGGUUGGGCCCGACGGGGGGAAUUAUGUGGAGUUGGAUGAGCUGUUGCGGGUGAGUGAUGUGGUGAGUCUGCAUUGUCCGCUGACGGAUGACACGAAGCACAUUAUCAAUGGUGAAACGCUGGCGAAGCUGAAGAAAGGGGCAGUGUUGGUGAAUACAUCGCGCGGUGGGUUGGUGAAUACGCAGAGUGUCAUUGCGGCGUUGAAGAGCAAACAUUUGGGCGGGCUAGCACUGGAUGUAUACGAGGGAGAAGGGGAGUUGUUUUACCAGGACCACAGCGCCGAGAUCAUCCAGGACGAUGACUUGAUGCGGCUGAUGACAUUCCCGAAUGUGCUGGUUAGUGGGCAUCAGGGGUUCUUCACCGAGGAGGCACUCACAGAGAUUGCGGAGUGCACCUUGAGGAACUUCGACGAGUUAUUGAACGACAAGCCGUGCAAGAAUGCGCUCGUCAGACAGGGGCAACUGGCCCGCAGGGAUUCUCUACCGGUCAGAAUUUAG